UGAGACCAGAAAAGAUCCAGAAGAGGACGAGUCAGAGGAGGCAGGAAGAUUGCUUGGUCACAGCACGUCUGGCUCGUUGUGUGUAGCACUCGCCAAUGUUUCAGGACGUGAGGCUCUCCUGAUUCAUCAGAUGACGGGGCGCCUGCUAUUCUAUCCCCAGCCCGUUGUCUCAUAAGCGGAUUGUUGAGUCUGCUCGUCGAUUCGAGAUCUGCGAUACAGGCGCAUGUUUUAAAGAGUGGUCGUCAAGAGAAGUCCACCAUGAUGACUGUAGCGCUGGUGGAGUUGUCCAGCGCCAGUCUGUUUGGCGCUGCCCAUCAUGUGGACCUCCGAGCUAGCAGUCAGGACUAUACCACACCGUCAGGGCGUCCAGCUCUCCCUUACCUUGCCCCAAAAUCCUCUCUCCUUACAGCCUCAUCUUUUCAAUCUGGCAGAAGAUUACCCCCAGCGCAAAGUUUGAGACCAGUACAUUUCUCAAGAAAGCGACGGCGAUGGCAAGCUCCACGGAAUGAACUGCUAGCAGAACGACCACUGAGUCAGAGCACAAAGAGUGCUGGCGGCUUAGCGGUGGCAGAGGCGCACCCCGUCGACUCCGCAAAGCAGUUGCUGACGGUUGUCAUGAAGUUUGGGGGCUCAUCAGUAGCAACGGCGGAGAGGAUGAGGGAGGUGGCGAAGCUAGUCCUCUCGUUUCCUCAGGAGAACCCGAUCAUCGUGAUGUCAGCCAUGGGCAAAACAACGAACCUGCUUCUGGCGGGUGGGGAGACUGCAACAACCUGCGGGGUUAAGAGAGCUCCCGAGAUUGAAGAACUUCGGCGAAUAGCGGACCUGCACAACAGGACAUGCGAUGAGCUGGGCAUUCCUAGGGAAACUGUUGCGGAACUGUUGGAGGAGCUGUCUCAGCUGCUCACGGGGAUCUCGCUGAUGAAAGAGUUGACGCUGCGGACCAAGGACUACCUCGUCUCGUUUGGGGAGCGCAUGUCCACCCGCAUCUUUGCGGCAUACCUCAAUAGGAUAGGCACGCUAGCACGACAGUACGAUGCUUUUGACCUGGGCUUUGUCACCACGGACGACUUCACGAAUGGGGAGAUCUUGGACGCCACAUAUCCCGCCGUACGGAAGAAGCUCGAGGACGACUUCCGGGAACGCCCUGCCAUGCCGAUCGUCACCGGUUUCCUCGCUAGGGGCGAGAAGACGGGUGCCACGACGACGCUGGGCCGCGGCGGCAGCGACCUGACGGCGACCGUGAUCGGCAAGGCGCUGCGGCUGCGCGAGGUGCAGGUGUGGAAGGACGUGGACGGCGUGCUCACCACGGACCCGCGCCUGGUGGAGCGGGCUAUCCCCGUGCCCUUCCUCACCUACGAGGAGGCCACCGAGCUGGCAUAUUUUGGGGCGCAGGUGCUGCACCCGCAGUCGAUGCGGCCAACGCGCGACGCGGACAUUCCGGUGCGCGUCAAGAACUCGUACAACCCGACCGCGCCGGGCACGCUGAUCACGGCUCAGCGCGACAUGAGCAAAGCCCUGCUGACGAGCAUCGUGUGCAAGCGCAACGUGACGAUGCUGGACAUCGUGAGCACGCGCAUGCUCGGCCAGUACGGCUUCCUCGCGAAGCUGUUCCAGAUCUUCGAGGAGCUGCAGAUCAGCGUCGACGUCGUGGCCACCUCCGAGGUCUCGGUGUCCAUCACGCUCGACCCCGCGAAAAUGUGGUCCCGCGAGCUCAUCAAGCAGGAGGUGGACCGCAUGACGGAGAGUCUGCGCAGCGUGGCGCACGUCAAGGUCCUGCCGCGGCGCGCCAUUCUGAGCCUCAUCGGCAACGUCCAGCGCUCCAGCCUUAUCCUCGAAAAGGUCUUCCGCGUGUUCCGGACUACGUGUACCAAUGUCCAAAUGAUUUCACAAGGAGCAUCCAAGGUGAACAUCUCUUUGGUGGUCGACGAUGAGGAAGCUCAUACGUGCGUCAGAGCCUUGCAUCAAGAGUUCUUCGAACAGGAUUACGACGUACUUGUCGAAGGAGACACUCAUUGUGAACACUGAUGGUGGGAAUAUGUUUGGAGGUCAUGGCAACUGUGUUUGGCUGCGAAGAGGCGUUCUAGACACCCUUCGCUCAAGGCAUAGUCACACAGUCACAUUGAUCAAGGAUUUACUCAGCUUUUGAAAGUUUUUUCCAAAAAUAUCGUGAAGGAUGGAUUGUGCGCCACAUUGGGGCACAACACAGCCGCACAGAAUGCUGGUUCUAAUCACACUCAAAUUCGACCCAUAUUCGAAACUGGUCAUUCUUUGACGCGAGGAG